CACGCGGUUACAGCGCUGGCCAUCUCCUCGCCCAUGACUCGUGGGAAGCCGCCGAGUGCGAGUGUUGUUCCGUCCUCGCAAGAACACGACUCGGAAGGAUACGGCGACAAGCUUGAAGCAGGACAGAGAUACUUGUUGCCUUCUCCGGGGGAUGUUGAUACAGCAAGCGGUAUGGAGGACCUCCAGGAGACUCAUGAUAGUAGGUAGGUGUAAGAGCGGAUGCGGCUGGCUGUCUCUCGAUGCGAGAACGGUGACGAGAGGAAUGACAGGGACAAAGAUUGGAGGACUGAACACAUUGUUGGAUUGUGGGAGGAUAUCCAGCUCGCUCGUGGUUAAUGCACAUACUGCUAGUCCAUAAGACGCUCGUUCAGCACUGUAUACCUCCUACCUCCUACUGAUCAUGGAGAUGGAGAUGGAACUACACGGCACUCAAAUUACUCGGAUUGGCACAUUUGUCUCGAU